AUGGAUGGAAUUGGUGUUUUGUUGCAGAGAGGAGAGCGCACGCUUAAGGUGGUAGAGACGGGCGUUGUUGCCAUGGCUAAAACGCGACUGGAGGUCAACCCAAACGUCGCAUGGGCUUUGAUUGAUAAAGGGAUUAGCACCUUUAAGGAUGAUGAAAAAAUUGGUAUUGGAAAACCCAUUUCCCCGGAACUCUUGCUUGCAAUUGAGAAAUCGAGCGUGGCAGUCAUCGUGUUGUCAAGAAAUUAUGCAUCUUCGACAUGGUGCUUACAAGAACUUGUAAAAAUUAUUGAAUGCAUGAAAGAGAGGGAGAUGAGAGUUUUGCCCAUUUUCUACCAUGUGGAUCCUGGUGAUGUGCGAAAUCAGACGGGCACUUUUGCAGAUGCCUUUGCCAAACAUGAGAUACGUUUUGAGAAGAACUUAGAGAAGGUGCAAACAUGGAGAAAUGCAUUGAGAGAAGUGGCUAAUCUCUCCGGACGCCACUUACAGAAUGGGCGUGAGUCAGAGUUUAUCGAAACCAUUGUUGAUAGUAUAUUUCGUGAAUUGAGUGAUACACUCUCGAUUGUUGACGAGGAUAGCCUUAUUGGAAUUAAAUAUCCAGUUGACGAAUUAUUGUAUUCGCAUCUACAAACAUGGCGAGAUCAUGAAGUGCGCUUUAUAGGAUUAUGCGGGAUAGGCAAGACAACUGUUGCACGAGUUGUAUUUCAAAGAAUCCGUUUUGAAUUUCAAGCUUGCAGCUUUCUUGAUAAUGUUAGUGCAGAAUGUAAUGUGGAUGCUUUGCUAGAAAAACUCCUUUCUGACAUGAAGUUGAGGAGUGAAAAAGAAAAGUGGGAUGCAAGUAAGGGAAGGGCGGUGAUAAAGAAUAGACUGUGUUUCAAGAAGGUUCUUAUUGUUCUUGAUGAUGUUGAUAAAAACGAACAAUUAGAAACAUUAGUAGGGAACUGCAAUUGGUUCGGCAAGGGGAGUAGAAUUAUUGUAACCACAAAAGAUAAGCAUUUGUUGAAAAGACAUGAUGGAGUUCGAGAUGAAAAUAUAUACAUGGUUAAAGGAUUGAAUGAAUACAAUAAAGAUCUUGACUCGAAGCUCUUUUGUCAAGAAGCCUUUGGCAAACCCGAUUGUGGAAUAGAUUUUUUGGAUCUAUGCAAGGAUUUUGUACGUUAUGCUAGUGGCCAUCCACUAGCACUUAAAGUCUUGGGAUCCUCUUUAUUUGGAAAAGGAAGAGAGGUAUGGCAAAGUGCUCGAGCUAAAUUAAAAGCAAUUCCAAAUAAGGAUAUUCAGAAAAAACUUCAGCUUGGGUUUGAUGCACUCGAGGACACAGAGAAAAAAUUAUUUUUGGAUAUUGCGUGUUUCUUUAAUGGUGAUAGAAAGGAUCGAGUAAUAGAUCUACUAGAAGGUUUAGAUUGCUACCCUACCAUUGAUAUAGAAACUCUUAUUGACAAAUCUCUCCUUACUAGUUCGGGAAAAAGACUGUGGAUGCAUAAUUUACUACAAAAAAUGGGAUGGGAAAUUGUUCGUUGUAAACACCGUCGGAAUCCCGGAAAAUGGAGUAGAUUGUGGCUUUCUGAUGAUAUACUUCACGUGCUAAAAAAAAAUACGGGAACAAAUAAAGUUGAGGGCAUAAUGAUGAAUACGCCACUCCACGAAGAACAGUUGAAUGCUAACGCCUUCUCUAAUAUGAAAAGGCUAGGAUUGCUUAAAAUCUGUAAUGUGCACCUUCCUGCAGGCCUUGAAUAUCUUUCUAAUGAGUUACAUUUGUUGGAAUGGCAUGAGUAUCCUUUGACUUCCAUGCCAAAUAAUUUCCAGCCACACAACCUUGUCGAACUGAUUAUGCCUCGUUGUCGCUUGGAGCAACUGCCCAAGGGAUUUAGUAACUUGAACAAAUUGAAAGUCCUCGACCUCAGUAACUCCCAAAACUUAAUCAAGACACCUGAUUUCACUGGUUUCUCAAAUCUGCAAAGGCUCAUUCUCCAAGGUUGUACUAGAUUGUACGAAGUGCAUCCAUCUAUGGGAGUUCUCAAUCGACUUGUUCUAUUAAAUCUCAAAGAUUGCCAGAGUCUUGCUAGCCUUCCAUACGAGAUCAACUUGGAAUCUUUAAAAACUGUUAUCCUAUCUGGCUGUUCAAACCUCAUUAAGUUUCCAGCGGUCGGGGAAAAUAUGAAACGUUUGUCAGAGCUUUACUUGGACAAGACGGCGACAAAAGAGGUACCAUUAUCAAUUCAGAAUCUAACUGGUCUGACUUUACUAAAUCUUUCCGGUUGUAAGCAGGAUCAUCCAUCCGAAUUAUGGCAUUCGUUGUUCUGCCUCUCAGCACUAACCUCUUUAGUAACUCUUGACUUGAGUGAUUGCAAUCUGUCAGACGGAGCAAUCCCUGGUGAUCUUAGUGGCUUAUCUUCACUUGAAUCUCUAAAUUUGAGCAGAAACAAUUUUACACGCUUGCCUGAUAGCAUAUCUCAGCUUUCCAAGCUAAAAUUCCUCUACUUGGAUAAUUGUAGCAAGCUGAAAUUAUUGCCCAAUUUUCCCUCGGGUACACAAUUAGUAAUGGCAAGGGAAUGUUCUUCACUCGAAAAUUGUUCAAAUCAAGUUACAGUGUGGACUUCAUACGAAACUGGAUUCACAAUUAUUAACUGCCUCGGCUAUGUCGAUGAUGAAAAAUCCAAAGUUUCUUUGCAAGAGCUGCACUUCCAGCCACGGUGGAGGCUAUUGAAGAUACUCAGGAAAUCACCCCAACGGCUACUAAGCCUUACAUGA